AUGUCGGUCUCAAUUGUAAUCAUUGGAGCUGGGUUUGCUGGAGUCUGGAGCGCUCUGUCAGCCAAGCGUCUCAUCAACCUCAAAGACAAAGGGAACGCCGUCAAAGUCCUUGUCGUCGCCCCCGAACCGUCCCUGGCCAUCCGACCCAGGCUUUACGAAGCCAAUACUUCCAACAUGUUUCAUCACCUUGGCCCUUUAUUCGAAUCUGCUGGAAUCGAGUUUCUGCAGGGCAGAGCCGAGACUAUCAACACCACAUCAAAGAGCGUCCAAGUCCGAUCAACAGAUAACCAGGCAGUAGUUGUCGAAUACAAUCAGCUCAUACUAGCAGCUGGCAGCUCUCUGAACCGACCUCAAAGCGUUUCUGGCAUCGAGGAGCAUGCAUUUGACAUCGACACUCUGGACUCUGCAGCCGUCUUCGAUCGUCACCUGAAGACUCUUCCUUCUCUCGAGGAAAGCACAGCACGUAACACGUUUGUGGUGUGUGGUGCCGGCUUCUCUGGAAUCGAGCUUGCAGCAGAGCUACCCAGCCGACUUACACACAUCAAUAGUCCCAAGAUCAUUCUGGUCGAAAGUGCGGAGGAGCUUGGCCCUGAACUUGGCCCAGGCCCGCGUCCAACCAUCAAGAAGGCCCUGAAAGAGCUUGGAGUCGAAGUCAGACUCGGAUCUCCAGUAUCUGCAGUCGAUGCAGAGGGAGUAGAACUGGCAUCAGGCGAGCGCAUUCCAGCCGAAACAGUUAUUUGGACUGCCGGGAUGAGAGCUUCGACGUUGGCGAAGCAGAUUCCCGGGCCCAAGGACGCUCUCGGCCGAUUGCAUGUCAACCGCUUUCUCCAAACCGAAGCCAAUUACAACGUCUUCGCCACCGGUGACACUGCCUUUGCCCUCGCAGAUACCGAAGGACAUCAUGCCUUGAUGUCAUGCCAGCACGCCUUGCAGCUUGGACGCGUGUCGGGACACAAUGCCGCGGCCGCGGUCCUCGGUGAGCCGAUGACUGAGUACACUCAGGCGGCUUACAACUGCUGCCUCGAUCUUGGUUCCUGGGGUGCAGUGAUUACUGGCGGGUGGGAGAGGGAGGUCAAGUUCACUGGGGACAAGGCAAAAAGAGUAAAGGAGUUCAUCAACCAAAAGUUGAUCUACCCUCCUGAUGACGCUCAGAAAGCUUUCGACCUAGCGAACCCUAUUGGACCCGACUCAGAUGAGAUAUUCAAGUACAUGCUUGCGAUGGUGGAAUGA